AUGCUGAUAGCGGCUUCACCCUUUCAAGAAAUCCUUCACACCAACACGGUGCCAACUGACGAGCAAUGCGACGAGAUUCGCGCAUAUCUGCAGUCCUACAACAGCAGACUUGACGAACUGCACACAGAGGUCGCUAGACUGGAGAAACUACUGAGCGUGGUCAUGCACGAACGAGACGAGCUCACCGACUUUCUUGCUUCCCACCAAGCGCUCAUUUCGCCGAUGCGGAGGAUUCCAGACGAUGUCCUUUGCUUGAUCUUCCUCGAAACCCUCCCCGCUCAUCGCAACACCGCCUUGGAUGCUAAAGAAGGCCCAAUGCUUCUCGCCGGUGUCUGUAGUCAUUGGCGGGCACUGGCUUUGAGUACCCCAAAACUAUGGUCGAAAAUGCAUCUCGUUAUCCCUCCUCAAACACCGCAAACAAUGGACAAACAAGACGUGCUGGUAUUGGAGAUGCAGCGCUGGCUCAAACGAGGCGCUAAUGCUCCCUUGGAUGUAUCGGCGCAAGUUUCUCAUCACUAUCACCAUCUUGGCGCGCCUCUGGGGAGUCCGACCGAUCCAUUACCACAUCUCUCUCAGUCUGGCUCGGCUUCAAUUCCUCGAUAUCUUGCCCCUCUACUCUCGCAUGACAUCGAAACCUUUCGUGGAUGUGGCAAGACCAUGAAGGAAGUGCCGCGACGCGUCCGUCGCGCUGCCAAGGAAGCCUUCUCCAUCCCCCUACCCACUGCCACCAAUAUACUUCCCGCACCUACUCUUCCCAUUCCCGAAUUCCUACGGUUCCCACUCCCACUAAUCACCCCCAUCGCCACGGAAAAGAAGCCUACCGAUGUGGAAGGGUAG